GGAAGCGUUCGGGUAGCAACAGGAGUAGUUGCUAACAGAACGCUGAGAGAAGACAUAGGGCUAGCAGGGAGCUAUAAGCUAUGUCUGUUCCAGCUGAUGAAACUGUGGGGGACCUGCCUGUGAGAGACGUAGGUCUAACUCUAGCUGGAAUUGGAGGAUUACAAGAAUCAUCAACUACACAGAAUGUAAAAGCUCGACAAGCUGUAUCACGAAUCAGUCGAGAGGAACUGGAAGACAGAUUUCUUCGUUUACAUGAUGAGAACAUCUUACUCAAACAGCAUGCAAAUAAGCAAGAGGAGAAAAUUAAAAGAAUGGCCACUAAGUUAAUACGGCUCGUUAAUGAUAAAAAAAGGUCUGAACAGGUUGGUGGCGGCCCCAAGCGGCUGGGUCAGGCUGUGGAGCUGGAAGAAAUGAUUGAGCAUUUGCAAGAGAGAGUUCGUGAGCUUGAGAAACAAAACGAGAGCCUCCGCAGCAAACUCAUUUCAACUAAACAGCAGCUCCAGAUUCAAGGCCAUAGGCCUUGUUCGUACAGCUAUGUUCAAUCUCGUAUUAACACUGGUCUCAAAAAAGUGAGUGAGGCUGCUGGCAUGCCGGAGCACGCAAAGAAAGGAAUGAGAUUUCAGGAUUUAGAAGCAAGAUCACCUAACCUUGUGCUCCCAAUACAUGGACAGAAUCUGCUUGAGGAUCCAAAGGCUGAAAUAAGAAAUUUGGAGACUGUGAUUGAGUCCCAAAGGGAACACAUUGAGGAACUAGAACAUGCUAGAGAGAUACUUGUGAGUCAGCUAAAAAGGAAAGAAAAGGAAAUUGAAGAAUCCAUCCUGCGGCUGAAAGAGCAAGAAACAGCAAGCCAAAGGCUAAACAUUCGGGACAACGUGGAAAUGAUCAAGGUCCGUAAACAGCUGGUUGAGAAAAGCAAUGCUCUUUCAGCAAUGGAAGGAAAAUUUCUCCAGCUUCAAGAGAACCAAAAGAACUUGAAGACCAGCCAUGAUGCUUUAAUAGCAAAAGGUGAUGAACUGAAUCUACAGCUUAAAGAGGAGCGGUUAAAGUGCCUCCAUCUUGAAAAAGAAUUGCAAUCAGUAACUAUUUCAAACCAAAGGACAGAGGAGUUACAGGAAAGAAUAAAUGAUCUAGAAACAGAGAAGGAACUCUUGAGGGAAAACUAUGAUAAACUGUAUAACAGUGUCUUCAGUAUGACCCAUGAACAGCAAUGGAAAUUAAAGGAACAGCAACUGAAACUGCAAAUUGCUAAACUAGAGACUGCUAUCGAAUCUGAUUUAGCAGACAAAAAUGAAAUCCUUGACAAGAUCAAAGUAGAAAGAGACCAAAAGGAAAAGCUCAUGCAAGAGAACAAAGACCUGCAGUUAUGCUACCUGGAACAUAAGCAACAACUAGAUGAACUGAAAAAUCACGUGAAGUUUUUGACCAAGGAAAGUGGUGUUGAUGUGGCAGAACUGAAUGAAGCCCUCUUGCUUAUAAAGGUUCGAAAGCAGCAGAAGAAUGGGGACCUUAUGUUUUUGGAAAAAGUAGAAGAUGAUAUCCAUAAAGAUUUAGAACACUCCAUGCGGGAGCUGCAAUUAACACAUGCAGAAACAGUGCAAGAACUUGAAAAGACAAGGAAUAUGUUAAUUGUGCAGCACAAAAUUAACAAAAAUUACCAGACUGAAGUAGAAGCAGUGACACAAAAGAUGGAAAGUCUACAGAAAGACUAUGAGUUAAAACUGGAACAGUAUGUCCAUCUUCUUGAUAUUAGAGCUGCACGCAUCAGAAAACUAGAAGCCCAACUGAAAGACAUUGUCUAUGGUACAAAACCACAUAAAUCCAGACCAGAAAUGUUGCCAGGUGAUCCAGUGGAUGAAUUUGAUGAAACUUUACAUUUAGAAAGAGGAGAGAACCUUUUUGAAAUCCAUAUCAGCAAAGUGAUCUUCUCUUCUGGAGCUAUGCAUGCUUUUGGUGACCAUGAACCUGCAACGUUUUGUACUUACGCAUUCUAUGACUUUGAACUUCAGACAACCCCAGUAGUUUAUGGGCAUACCCCAUCAUAUGACUUCACUUCUCAGUAUCUUGUGCAGGCUGACGACUGCUUCUUGCACUAUAUACAGCAAAACAGUAUCACACUUGAGGUUCAUCAUGCACAUGGCACAGAUUAUGAAACAAUUGCUGCAUGUCAACUGAAGUUCCAUGAAAUCUUGGAAAACAAUGGGAAGGUCUACAGCACAGCGGAUUUAGUUGGAAUCAAAGGAAGCAUUCAAAAUUAUGGUAUCGUAGAAUACUGGAUCAGCUUACGAGUUCCUAUGGAUCAAGCUAUUAGUCUCUACAAAGAGAGGUCAAAGGCCCUGGGGUAUAUAACAUCCAAUUUUAGGGAAUGUGAACAACCAUCCCAGCAGAUACUCAGAACUGCCCAAGUCAGCACUUCAACAGAUGGCAAUUUAAAUGAACUCCACAUUACAAUAAAAUGUUGUAACAAUCUACAAUCCCGAAAAAAACAUCUCCAGCCAAAUCCUUACGUUGUCUACAAGUUCUUUGAUUUUGCAGACCAUGAUACUCCCAUCAUUCCUAGCAGCAACAACCCACAAAUAGAUGACCAUAUGUGUUUCCAAGUGCCAAUGAACGCAGAUUUAGACCGAUACCUAAAAUCACAAUCCUUAACCUUUUAUGUAUUUGAUGAUGGUGAAAUGGAAGAAGGUGCUUAUGUAGGGAAAGCCAGUGUGCCUCUUAUUUCUUUAGCACAUGACAGAUCUAUCUCAGGUACUUUUGAACUAACAGAUUCUGAAAGAUGUGCCACUGGUACCAUCACAGCUGAAUUAAAAUGGAAGUUUGUCUACCGAGCACCAAGUGGAUCAACAAUGGCUGCAGACUUAGUGAAUUACGUUCAAAAUGAGAAAUCAAUGGCAACUAAAUUACUAGCAGAGGAAAAAACACAGACUCCAGCUCUGUCUCCUUCUUUUACUUCAUCAGUGACAAAACCAACACCCAAACCAAGGCAGCGUGCCGCUCAGGCAGACAAGAAAGUGUCUUUUCUGAAUCUUACUACUAUGCAGAAGGCAAACUCUGUUGUUGAAAAUAACAUGGAACUUGCACAGAAGAUGAAGGCUUCAAGAGUUCCAAGUGUGUCAGAGCCUGUGGUACAUGAAUUUAAACAAGAAAGGCUAGCAGAUGAUGAGGUGAAGCAGAUGGCUGAAGAAAUUCAACAGGAAAAAGAAGACCUCUCACAUCUGUCAGAGGGGCAGUUGGCUGACCAAAGCUCAGUUACCUCUGGAGAUGAGACAGAAAUUACUGAAGAAUUGGAACCAGAAGAUCAAGAUGAUAGGCAAGAAGAUGAUUCCAUUGAAUCAAUAGUAACUGACAGUGAUGACUGUAUUGUUUCAAGCCCAGUAUGCAAGAAUAUUAAACAGGCAACUGAAAAAAUUCGGAUUGAAAUUAUAUCGCUCAGUCUUACUGAGUCACGAAUUGCAUCAGAUGAAACAAUACAGCAGCUGUUUGUAGAAUGCAGAUUAUACAAUUUCCUUGCAGAGGAGACCCCACUGUCACUUCCAAAACCAACAAGUGGUCAGAGGAUUCACUAUAACUAUAGCAAUGUGAUACAUGUGGAUAAGGCAAAUAAUCAUGCAAGAAGAGAGUAUCUCAAGUCUAUGCUUCUAAAGCCAGAUCUACAUACUGACAGCCUACGAUUUACAGUGGUCAGUGAUCCCCCAGAAGAUGAACAGGAUCUUGAAUGUGAAGAUAUCGGUUUCACUUACGUCAGUUUAAGAGAGAUAUUCCAGAAGCAAAGAGAUAUCAUUGAGCAAGAUAUUGAUGUUUUCGAUUCACAAGAUGAUAGUGCAGUAAUUGGAAAGCUCAAAGUAACAGUGGAAGCCCUCCAUGCGCUGCGUUCAGUCUAUGAGGAAUGCAAAGAUGACUAGGAGGCAUGAAAGGGAAGUUUGCCUACAGAAGUUCCUUCUCCCAGUGUAAAUACAUGCUUGAUAGUACUUCAAAGAUGAGAUCUUUGUAAUUCUUAUGGUAUAUUUAAUGUAUAAUUUAUAUGAAAAGGAUGCUUGAUUUGUAGUUGUAAAGUUUUGUAUACUUUUCAGUCUGUUUGUUUUUAUAUUUCCCCCCUAAGGCUAAGAAUCUCUCCACAAUGGACAACGUCUUGUAAAUAAUUAAUA